ACCGGGAGCCGCCGUCGUGGACGAAGCCGGCCGCGUCCUCGGAGAAGCCCCUACACUCACAGACCCAAGUCCACUUGCGGACGGGGGGCAUCGUGCCAGCCGUCGCCCAGCGGCUGCACAGGGAGCACAUCGGCCGCAUCGUGAGCGAGGCCCUGGAGGCCAGCGGGGUGUCUCUGGGCCAGCUGUCUGCCAUCGCCACCACUGUCAAGCCCGGGCUCCCCUACAGCCUGAGCGAGGGCCUGGCGCACAGCGCGUGGCUGGUGGCCCGCCACGGCACGCCCUUCGUGCCCGUGCACCACAUGGAGGCCCACGCGCUGACCGUACGCCUGACUCACCAGCUGCCCUUCCCCUUCCUGGCGCUCCUGCUCUCUGGGGGGCAUUGCCUGCUGGCCGUCGUCCGCGGAGUGACGGACUUCCUGCUGCUCGGGGAGACGCUGGACAUCGCCCCUGGUGACAUGCUGGAUAAGGUGGCACGCAGGCUGACUCUGGCCAAGCACCCGGACUGCUCGGCGGUCAGCGGCGGCCGGGCCAUCGAGCUCCUGGCCGGCCGCGGAGACGCCGCACGUUUUUACCUGCCCCUGCCCCUGGCCCACCGCAGAACCUGCCACUUCUCCUUCUGCGGGCUUCAGACCGCCACCGAGAGGCUCGUCGCUCGCCUGGAAAAAGAAGAGGGGCUGGAGGCGGGGCAGAUCCUGGCCAGCGCCCCCGAUGUCGCUGCGGCGGUCCAGCACCAGGUGGCUUGCCACGUCGCCGAGAAGACCCAGCGGGCGAUUCUCUUCUGCAGGCAGAGGGGCCUACUGCCCCAGGGCGGCACGGUGCUGGUGGCAGCCGGAGGCGUGGCCAGUAACCAGUUGAUCCGCGCGGCCCUGGCUGCCGCUGCCCAGGACAUGGACAGCACCCUGCUGUGCCCCCCGCCCCACCUCUGCACUGACAACGGGGUCAUGGUCGCCUGGAACGGGCUGGAGCGGCUGCGGGCAGGUGUGGGUGUCUAUCACAGCACCGCCGGGAUCAGAUACCAGCCGAGGUGCCCACUGGGAGUGGACAUAUCCGAGCAAGUUGCCAUCGCAGACAUAAAGGUGCCUCGUUUCCGGAUGAAGAUCUGAUGCUCUUCCUCUCGGGAAGAUCCUGAACUCGCAGCAGUAGGGGUUACAGAUUGAGCGGGCGGGACUGGGAGGGAGUAUUUGUGAGACAGAGCGGGCGACACAGAAGAAUGCGCGUCAUGGGGAAGGUCCAUUAAGUUUGUAAAUCCCAUCCCAUCUGGGACUGUGUGUGCUUGUGCACGUGUAAGCCAGGGGCUGGGGCUGGAGGUCCUGCUUCAGCCUUUUCAGCCAGAGCCGUGCAGCCACGGAGGCUCAUUACCGACAGGAAAGGCGGCUGGGCGACUUGGCAUGUGGAUUUUCUUGGCCAGAAGGCCGAGUCCAGUUCAAGGGGAACACUUACGGUCUCCAGGGCCACUGGUUUGGUGGUGGGCAAGCAUGGGUGACGAGCAGAUGUAACGGAAAGAUGUCCACCCUGACCCCUUGGCCAGUUCUCGCCUGAAUAUUCUGUGACCUCCAUAUCCUCCCGCUCCCAAAGGGGGCACCGGCCCUGUAUCCCCUCUUACUGCUUUGAUCCCACAUGCCCCCCACCGCCCUGCGGCUGGCGGGGCAGUGCAGAGCUGAGUCACCAGGCCUGUCAUGUUUCAUUUACCUGUAGACUGUCAGCUGCUUGUGGGCAGGGAUCAUGUUUACCACCUCUGUUGUGUUGUACUCUCCCAAGCACUUAGUCCAGGGGUCUGCGCGCAGUAAGAAGCGCUCAAUAAAUACCACUGAUUGAUUAAUCCCACGCAGCCAUGAGGGGGACAGCCAGGACCCUGACCCCUAAACUCGUCCAACUCGGCAGCCUGAGUUUCCCCGGAGCCCCAGGCCCACGGGUCAGGAUGGCCACGG